AUCUAUUAUGCAUUCCAUUUGCAUUUUUCUCUGUGGAGAGCUGAGGAAGCAAGACUGCUGUUGACGUUGAGAACAGAGGAACCUGGAGACCUUCCCAGGACAUCUGGUGCCCACUAGAGAUCAACUGUCUUUAGAGAUAAGGAGUACAAGAGCUGAAACUAACACUGAGGUUGAACCAGAGGAAUCUUGAGACAUCCCUGCAACAAGAGAAUCCAGAGGGAUUUCAUCUAACCAAUCAUCAGUAAUUCUGCAACUAACCUCCUGGAGCAGAAGAAUCUGAAUCUGCUUAGGCAGAGCAGUGAGAAUGAGUUCUAAACAGCAGAGUGUGAAACUAAACGACGGCCACUUCAUUCCUGCUCUGGGCUUUGGUACAUACAAACCAGAAGAGGUUCCUCAAGGUAAGCCACUGCAGGCUGUGAACUUAGCUCUUGAGGCUGGGUUCCGCCAUAUUGAUACUGCAUAUGUGUACCAAACUGAAAAAGAUGUGGCACAGGCCAUUCAAAGCAAGAUUGCAGCUGGAAUUGUGAAGAGAGAAGACAUAUUCCUCACCACAAAGCUUUGGUGCACUUUCCAGAGACCAGAGAUGGUUCGAUCUAACUUGGAAAAAUCACUGAAAAAUCUACAAUUGGAUUAUGUUGACCUUUAUCUUAUUCAUUACCCAGUGCCAAUGAAGCCAGGGGAGGAUUUUUUUCCAGAAGAUGAAGAUGGAAAACCAUUAUUGGAUACAGUGGAUAUAUGUGACACGUGGGAGGCCAUGGAGAAGUGUAAGGAUGCAGGAUUGGUCAAGUCCAUCGGGGUGUCCAACUUUAACCACAGACAGCUGGAGAGAAUCCUGAAUAAGCCAGGGCUGAAGUACAAGCCUGUGUGCAACCAGGUGGAAUGUCAUCUUUAUUUCAACCAGAGCAAACUGCUGGAUUAUUGCAAGUCAAAGGACAUUGUUCUGGUUGCUUACUGUGCUCUGGGAUCUCAACGACCAAAACGAUGGGUGGACCCAAGCUCUCCAGUUCUCUUGAAUGAUCCAGUUCUUUGUGAUGUAGCAAAAAAGCACAAACGAAGUCCUGCCCAGAUUGCCCUUCGCUUCCUUCUUCAGCGUGGUAUUGUGGUUCUGGCCCAGAGUUACAAAGAGAAUGAGAUCAAAGAGAACCUACAGGUGUUUCAAUUCGAGUUGCCUUCAGAAGACAUGAAAGUUCUAGAUGGCCUUAACAAGAAUUUCAGAUAUGCUCCUGCUCCAUUUGGCUCUGGUCAUCCUGAAUAUCCAUUCUCUGAUGAAUUUUGACAUGGAGUCUGGUGUCAUGACUUCUGUUUGAAGUCUCUGCUUGGAAAAUGAUGUGGGAGCUGUCCCAGAGGCUGCUGACUGGUCACAUCACCACUGGUCAAUCCAAGCUGAUCAGCAGCUUACAUUCAGCUACAUCUCUGCCCACCAGCCUGGAGUAGUAGGCAUUACAUUUUUAUAAUGUUUUGAAAUAAAAAUAAUAUUGUUUUCCAUAAAGAUCCUUCUUUGGUA